UCUCAUCAACAAAGAUUGAGAUUGACAACUGUCUUCUAUAAAAUGCGUCAUGAAGUUUCACGCCGCACUCAAAACUUGCAAAGCAGCUUCUUCGUCGUCCUGAAAGAUUCGAUCGAUCUAUCGAUAUCUCGUGGGUCGUGGGAUAGAUUGGCUUGUCGGUUGAGUUUCCGUCUCUUGCUUUGACAGAGCAGAGGAAGUUAAUCAAGGUAGCGUGCUGUUUGUUCACCGAUGACGCGCUUCGUGGAUAAGAUAUCCGUCUUCGACCGGCGCGCUUCGGCGAUGGCGGAAGCGGAGGGCAUUGCCCGCGACGGCCUCCGCAUGCACCAGGGUUCCCCCGCAGUCGCCAUCACUGGCCCUCCGGUUCAAGGCGCCGGCGGAUCGAUCACCCUCGGCCAGCUGUUCAAGCGCGUCGGCGACGCCCAUAACGGCGGCGGCGGCGAGGAGGACGGCGACGGCGGCGGAAAUGAUUCCCAGCGGCACCAUGUUCUCGAGGUGGACGCGUUCGAGCAGUACCACUUGGACUCCCGCCCGCCGCCGCCGUUCGUGCUUACUUUUACCGACCUGACCUACAGCGUCAAGCGGCAGCAGAGGAUGAGUCUUUUCCGGAAGAAUCGGCUCUCGUCGGACCAGCCGGAGAUGGAAGCGGAGCUGGGACGGACGAAGACUCUGCUGAACUCGAUCUCCGGCGAGGCGCGGGAAGGUGAGAUUUUCGCGGUGCUGGGGGCGAGCGGGUCCGGGAAGUCGACGCUGAUCGACGCGCUGGCGAACCGCAUCGCGCGCGAGAGCCUGCAGGGCUCCAUCACCCUCAACGGAGAGAAGCUCGAGGGGCGGCUGUUGAAGGUCAUCUCCGCCUACGUGAUGCAGGACGACCUCCUCUACCCGAUGCUCACCGUGGAGGAGACGUUGAUGUUCUCCGCCGAGUUCCGCCUCCCUCGCUCCCUCUCGGCAUCCAAGAAGAAAAGCAGAGUGCAGGCGCUUAUCGACCAGCUCGGCCUCCGCGCCGCCGCCAAGACCAUCAUCGGCGACGAGAUCCACCGCGGGGUCUCCGGCGGCGAGCGGCGCCGCGUGUCGAUCGGCACCGACAUCAUCCAUGAUCCUAUCGUCCUGUUCCUCGAUGAACCCACGUCGGGGCUUGACUCCACCAGUGCGUUCAUGGUGGUGAAGGUGCUCCAGCGCAUCGCCCACAGCGGCAGCAUCGUCAUAAUGUCGGUUCACCAACCGAGCUACCGUAUUCUCCGCCUCCUCGACCGCCUGCUCUUCCUCUCCCGCGGUCAGACCGUCUACAGCGGGCCCCCCGACGGCCUCCACUCCUUCUUCGCCGACUUCGGCCAUUCCAUCCCCGACGGCGAGAAUCCCACAGAGUUCGCCCUCGAUCUUAUCCGCGAACUCGAGGGCACCCCCGCCGGCGCCACCGCCCUCGUCCAAUUCAACAAUUCUCGGCAAUUCCACCCCACCCAAUCCGCCUCCGCCAAGCCUGCUCUGUCACUCAAAGACGCCAUCAGCGUCAGCAUAUCGCGCGGGAAGCUCGUCUCCGGCGCGACCGAGGGGGCGACCUCCUCCUCCUCCUCGUCGGUUCAAAAGCACGCGAACCCGUUCUGGAUCGAGAUGGGCGUGCUGACGAAGCGAUCAUGGACGAACACCAAGCGAAUGCCGGAGCUGUUCGCGAUCAGGCUGGCGGCGGUGCUUCUCACCGGCUUCAUCCUCGCCACCAUCUUCUGGAGGCUGGACAACUCCCCCAAGGGCGUACAGGAGCGGCUCGGCUUCUUCGCCAUCGCCAUGUCCACCAUGUUCUACACCUGCGCCGACGCGCUGCCGGUCUUCCUCCAAGAACGCAACAUCUUCAUGCGGGAGACGGCUUACAACGCCUACCGCCGCUCCUCCUACGUUCUCUCCAACGCCAUCGUCAGCUUCCCGCCGCUGGUGCUCCUCUCGAUCGCCUUUGCGCUGACUACCUACUUCGCCGUGGGGCUCGCCGGAGGGAUUCAGGGCUUCAUCUUCUUUAUCCUCAUCGUGUUGGCCGCCUUCUGGGCUGGAAGCGGGUUCGUGACCUUCUUGUCCGGCGUGGUGACUCACAUACUGCUGGGGUACACCGUCGUCGUCGCCCUCCUCGCCUACUUCCUACUCUUCAGCGGCUUCUUCAUCAACCGGAACAGGAUCCACGACUACUGGCUAUGGUUCCACUACAUGUCGCUGGUGAAGUACCCGUACGAGGCGGUGAUGCAGAACGAGUUCGACGACCCGCACAAGUGCUUCGUGCGGGGGGUGCAGAUGUUCGACAGCACUCCGCUGGCAGCGCUGCCGGAGGCAGCGAAGGUCGCCGUGCUCCGGGCGAUGGGCCAGUCGCUGGGGGUGCCCAUAACCGCAAGCACCUGCAUCACCACCGGCACCGGGAUCCUGCAGCAGCAGAGCAUCACGCAGCUCAGCAAGUGGGACUGCUUCUGGGUCACAGUCGCCUGGGGCUUCUUGUUCAGGUUCCUCUUCUACAUUAGUCUCCUGAUCGGGAGCAGGAACAAGAGAAGGUAGAAGACAUAACUAUCGAUCAAUGGAUGACCAUUAAUGUUUUUAUAUCUACUGCAGAACAAAAAAAAGAAAAAUUUUUAUCUAAUGUCUCGUUUAAUCCCUCCGUGUUCACAUUUCAAUACAAAAGAGUGUAAAAUUGUGAUUUCAUA